AUGUCGCGAUAUCGGUGUGAGCGAACGGACUCACCUACAGCCGGUCCCGGGGCUCCAUCGCCUCCUCUGAGCUCGUUCCGCUCGCAAAGCACGCCGGGAGCUGCAGUCCGCCGCCCGCCCCGCCGUGUCCGCUCGCCCUUGGCCGCCAUGUUCCGUGCCCGGCAGCUGCUCCGUCUCUCCGCCCUCACUCCGCUCCAUGGCCGCUCUUACGCCGAUGCUGCAGCCGGUCCCGCCGCCAUGGCCUUCACCUUCGCCUCCCCCACUCAGGUGUUUUAUAACGGUGCCAACGUGAAGCAGGUGGAUGUGCCCACCCUGACCGGCUCCUUCGGCAUCUUGGCUUCACACGUCCCCACGUUGCAGGUGUUAAAGCCCGGAGUGGUGACGGUGUACGGAGAGGACGGCACGGCCACCAAGUACUUCGUGAGCAGCGGCUCCGUCACGGUCAAUGCAGACUCCACGGUGCAGGUGCUGGCAGAGGAGGCGGUGACCAUGGACAUGCUGGAUCUGGCUACUGCAAAAUCAAACCUGGAGAAGGCCGUCUCAGAGAUGGCUGCUGCCUCCGACGAAGCUUCUAAAGCCGAAGCCCAGAUUAAAGUAGAAGCCAACGAAGCUCUGGUUAAAGCCUUGGAAUAACGGGGGAAUCCCACUGACGCUCUAGAAAAACCCCAGACUGUCCUACUUGUUCUGGCUUCCCCGUUUGUACAGAUGGUGUGGGACAAAUGGAGGCGGGAGAAACGGCUCUGAUCCAUUAAAAGGAAACACAGUCCUGUC